GAAAAUUACUUCAUUGGACUUCCUGAAUCAUCAAAGAACAUUCUCACUUAUGGUUCCCUUCUCAACUGUUACUGCAAGGAAUUGAUGACAGAAAAAGCAGAAGCCCUAAUAGAAAAGAUGAAGGAACUCAACCUUCCUUUAAGUUCCAUGUCAUACAAUAGUCUUAUGACUCUUUAUACAAAAAUUGGCCAGUCAGAAAAGGUCCCAGGCAUUAUACAGGAAAUGAAGGCCUGUGGUGUCACACUGGAUUCCUUCUCCUACAAUGUCUGGAUGAGAGCUUUGGCUGCUUCAAAUGAUACUUCUGGGGUUGAAAGAGUCAUUGAGGAGAGCAAGAGAGAUGGACAAGCUGAUGAUUGGACCACUUAUAGCAAUUUAGCAUCAAUUUAUGUUGACACUGGCUUAUUUGAGAAGGCGGAAAACGCACUUAAGGAACUGGAGAGGAAGAAUGUCCUGAAAGAUAUUUCUGCUUUCCAAUUUCUACUUACAUUGUAUGGGCGAACAGGAAACUUGGUUGAAGUUUAUCGAAUUUGGCGAUCUUUAAGGCUGGCUUCCUCUAAAACAGCCAAUAUAAGCUAUCUGAACAUGAUACAGGUGCUAACCAACUUAAAAGAUUUACCAGGUGCAGAGAAGUGCUUCAGGGAAUGGGAAUCUGGCUGCUCAACUUAUGAUAUUCGGAUUGCAAAUGUAUUGAUGGGAGUUUAUGCCGAGCAGGGCUUGAUAGAAAAGGCUCAAGAGCUGAAGGAGAGGGCUCAUAAGAAAGGGGCCAAGCCUAACGUUAAAACCUGGGAGAUCUUUUUGGAUUAUUAUCUCAAAAAUGGGGACAUUAAGUUAGCAGUUGAUUGUGUAGCCAAUGCAAUUUCCACUGGUAGAGGGAAUGAUGAAAAGUGGGUUCCAUCCUCUGAGACUAUUGGGACUCUGAUGGAGCAUUUUGUGCGAGAGAAGGAUGUUGAUGGGGCAGAAGGUUUUCUGGAGAUUUUGAAGAAGGCCAUAGAUGAUAUAGGGGAUGAAGUGUUCGAGUCAUUGAUAAGAACUUAUGCAGCUGCUGGAAGGACAAGCCCUAACAUGCAUCGUCGAUUGAAGAUGGAGAAGGUGGAGGUGAGUGAGGCAACAAAGAAGUUGCUUGAUGCGAUAAGCACAGAGUGAGUUUCACUCCAUUUUUGUUAACAAAAUCCAAUUCCUGGAGUUGUGAUUUUGAAUGGUUUUACUACAUGUUAUUUUCCAAAUAAUACUCUUGUUUACCAUGUUGAAUUGAUACAUGGUGUGAUCUUUCCAGAAAUGUCCCUUGGAUAUGCCUCUGUGUUAUGCAGAAAUUAAUAACUUGUUCAUGUUCAUGUAUUAUCCAAUCUUGAGAUGGGAUCCAUUUAGCCUUUGUCCUAUUGAU